AUGUCGUCUUCCAUUGGGAUUUGCACGAGCACUAUCUACGAGGCGCAUCCCUGGUGGAGCCUGGAUCUCAAAGUUCGGAUGCCCGUGUAUGCAGUCACGAUCACCUUCCGUGACAUCUUUUAUCAAUUAUACAACCGGAGCCAACUGCUCCUUGGGAAUUUGAAUGACAGCAGUGCGGCCGACAACAUUUUCUGUCAGACUCUGAGUAUUGCCAAGGCGAACACCACGGCUACUUUCAACUGCAGUGGGCAGGCCGCGCGCUUCAUACACAUCGUGUCCAAGGUGGACAACUUCCUCAACCUGCAGCUGUGCGAGGUCCAGGUGUCAACAAUUCCGCUCCAGCCAAACAACGGCCCCGUGAUCUAUGGAAGCGCACAGCAGUCGAGCAACGCCAACACCCGUUCGGUGGCCUCGCUGGUCCUCGACUCAUCGAGCAACGUCAACUUCUGCCUGGGGUCGUGCAGCCAGACGGCCAAGGAGUGGGAGCCCUGGCUGCGGCUGCAACUCGACCGCUCGUACAUAGUCUCGAGCGUGGGCAUCGUCAACCGCAAUGACACUCAGGGGCUCCGCCUCUUCGGAGCCGAGAUCCGUGUGGGCAACUCGGAGGCCAACGGGGGCAAGGGAAACGCACUGUGCGCUGAAGACAUAUUUGUGCCUCUGGGAAGAUUACGCGACUAUCCGUGCCCCUUCCUAAAGGGCCGCUUCGUCACCAUAAUCAUCCCAGGCAGAGUCGACUCGUUGAGCCUCUGUGAAGUGAAAGUCAAUCUCAACACCGAUGGCAUGAAUUUCAACAUCCUCUACUGAGACACCAUCACCACAACCAACUACAAUAA